UCUCUCUCUCUCUCUCUCUCUCUCUCUCUCUCUCUCUCUAAAUCGCAACUCGCACAAGACAUCCAAAGUUGGAAGCUUUGAUGCAGAGGAGUGGUGAUAGGUAGUCUUUAAGAACUUUGGAGCUCUGAAAGUUUUGAUUUUGUUUCAGGAGAAGAUAGAAUUUGGGUUUUUCUCAAGAUGCAAUCCUUUAGAUCGAGAUCUGGGUCAUCGGAGAUGCAACCGAAGACCUCUUCAUCUGCUCGCAACAGCAGGAGGAGCCUUUCGCCCAGUCUAAUAAGAAGAAGUUCUCCUGUUUCGUCUAAUUCGAUCGAUUCCAGACCUUCCAAGGUUUCGGAAUGGAGGCCAAUUCCAAAGUCACAAUCUUUCAAAGAGAAGCAAAAACCUGUGAGAAUUUCCGAGAUGCAAGAGCAAUGGGGCCAGCUUCAGGAGGACCUGAGGAGGGCAAAGGAGGAGAGAUCCUCUGCACUUGAAGAACUUGAAGAACUGAAGAAGAAGAAGAAGAAGAAUGAAGAAUCAUUGCAGAGCAAAGAUAGGAUAAAUAUGUUAGAAAUAGAAGCUGAAAAAGCAAAGGAAUCAGAAGGAAAAAUGCUUGAAUCAUUAUUUUCUCAGACCAAACAGCUUGAGCAAACUAAGAUUUUGCUCGAAGAAGCCAAGCUGGAGAUAAGGAACCUUCUUAGCUUAAGCAGUCAAAAAUUAGAGAAUAAAGGAUCAUUAGCAUCUAUUCAGAGCAUAGAGGAAAUCGGAAAGCUGAGAAAUGAGCUCAGAUUAGCUCUGCAGGCAGAAGAGAAGAGCAAGAAAGCCAUGGAUGAUUUAGCAAUUGCACUCAAGGAAGUGACGGCUGAGGCCACCAAAGCAAAAUCAGAGCUUGCCGCAACAAAAUCCGAGUUAGAAAAGGCUAGAGCUGAAGCUGAACGUUCUGAUAAAUAUUUGUUACAGAGUACCGAGCAGAAGCUACAAGUUGCGUUGAAGGAGUAUCAUAAACUAAAGCAAGAACAUGAGCAAUCUGCAGUAGCUUGGAAAGAGAAAGAAGACAUCCUUAUAAACCGUAUAAAGAUUUCCCAAGAAGAAAUGAACAGUAAGGAUCAAGAAAUAAGCAGGCUAACUGAUGCACAUAGAGUGGCUAGAGAAGAAACUUCUAAGCUUAGGGAUAUAACCAAGCAAGCUGUAAGCGAAGCGACGGAGAUAAAGGAAUCUUUAGAGAUUGCAAGAUAUCAAAAAUUUGAACUUGAAGAACAACUCUCAAAGAACAAAAAUGCCUUGCAGCAGAUUAAGCAGGAUUAUGAAAGCAUUAAAGUGAGUGAAGCUGCUGCUCUUGAUAGUGUGAAGGAGUUGAAGAACAUUCUUGCCUCAGUAUCAGUAGAAGAUUCAAAAAAGCCUUCAAAUUUAUCAGAUUUUGAAUCUUUCAGACAAUCAAAAGCAACAACAAUUGAUGAUCGAAAGAUAAGCAAGAGUGAGAAGAAAUUCUCAUCUGAUAGAUGGAUGAACAUGAAGCCUCUGGUACAGAAUGGCCAUAGGCAUUCAGUAGGAGAGUCAGAUAUGUUCAAACGGUCGGCAUUGGAUAGUUCUGUUUCGAAAGUACCAGAUAUUGGUCUCCCUUCAUUUUUGUUCAGCGAUGAUAGAGGAUUGAACACUGAUGAUUUUGAUCAUUUGCAUGGGACUCUAUUCAGUGACACAGAGAAUGAGAAGAGGAAGAAGAAGACAGCUCUGCGAAGAUUUGGAGAUGUGUUGAUGAGGAGGAGCAUUCGCAAAUCGUAGUUUGUUAUUAGUAUGGAUCCUUUAUAUGUAUUUCAUUUUGCAAAGAAGACAGAGAUAUAGAUUGUAAUAAGGCUUAUAAAAGUGGGUGAAGGAAGGUUCAAAGCUUAAGGGGGGGAAUGAUAUAGAAAACCCAAAGCAACUAAGGAGAUCUAAUUGUCUAAGCAUUAUGAUCAAGUUAGAUUUACUAAAGAGUAAUGGAAAAGAAUAUUUUUAUUUUGA